AUGGCCGCCCACGAGCCAAAGAAGCCAAAAGCCAUGAAAAAUGGCAUCGUCUACACCCAAGACUUUGAGGUCUACGAGAUGAACGAGCUGGCCGUCAACAAAUCCCGAAACCAGAACCAGAACCAGAACCAAUUCACCACCACCACAUCCUACACAAUUUCGUCGACUCCCCGACCGACAAAGUCGUCGCACAAAUCGCUGGCGUCCCGCUUUCUGGACAGUUUCCGUCGCGUUGACGGCGGUCCAAUCUCCCAGCAUCAUGGCUACAAUAGCUUUCCUCAGCCGGCUGGGGAUCGGUUCUACGACUUGGACGCUGCGAAUAUCAGGACCGCCAACACGGGUCUUCAUCGGCAUUUAAAGGGUCGCCAUUUGCAAAUGAUUGCGAUAGGUGGUUCCAUUGGGACCGGUUUAUUCGUCACUUCUGGAAUUGCGCUGUACCAGAGCGGACCGUUGCCUUUACUGCUUGCUUAUAUAUUCACGGGAAUUCUCCAAUAUUGCACGAUGCAGAGUCUGGGGGAGUUGGUUGUCACGUUUCCUGUUGCGGGUGCAUUCUCUGCGCUAUCGACACGAUUCUUAGAUCCGUCAUGGGGCUUCGCCAUAGGAUGGAAUUACGCUCUCCAAUGGCUAUUCACACUGCCACUCGAAAUUAUCGCUGGCGCAUUAACAGUCCAAUACUGGAACAACGACCUCAGCAAAUCCAUCUUCAUCACCAUCUUCCUCCUCGCUAUCAUCAUCAUCAAUCUAUUCGGAAUCAAAGGAUAUGGCGAGGCCGAGUUCCUCUUCUCCAUAGUAAAGGUGACCGCUAUCGUCGGGUUCAUUCUUCUCGGCGCCGUCAUCAACAUCGGCGGUCCUCCUCAUGGCGGCUACAUCGGCGGCCAAUACUGGCAAGAUCCCGGCCUAACUAACCACGGGUUCAAAGGGUUCUGCAGCGUUCUCGUCAUCUCGUCCUUUUCAUUUGCCGGAACAGAAUUAGUAGGUCUUGCGGCCGCGGAGACAGAAAACCCGCGCAAGUCGCUCCCCAGCGCGAUCAAGCAGGUCUUUUGGAGAAUCGCCAUCUUCUACAUCGUCUCGCUGCUUCUCAUCGGUCUUCUCGUCCCGUACAACGAGCCUCGCCUGGUCGCUGGCCAAAGUUCCGUUGACGCCUCUGCCAGUCCGUUUGUUAUUGCCGUUGAAAGCGCCGGGUCUACGAUCCUUCCGAGCGUGAUGAACGCCGUGGUUUUGAUAAGUGUCUUGAGUGUUGGAAAUUCCGCAGUUUUUGGAUCCUCACGAACCCUGGCUGCCCUGGCGGAGCAAUCGCAUGCGCCAAAGAUCCUGUCGUACGUGGAUUUCAAGGGUCGACCACUAAUCUCUGUGCUUGUGGCGGCCGGCAUCGGACUCUUAUCCUACCUGGCUGAGCUGCAUGCUCACGACGAAAUCUUCGGCUGGCUCCUCGCUAUCUCUGGCUUGUCGAGCCUGUUCACAUGGGGCAGCAUUUGUCUGUGCCAUAUCCAAUUUCGACGUGCGUGGGCAAAAGCCGGUAAUAAUCUGACCCAGCUGCCUUUCCGGUCUCAAGCCGGCAUUAUCGGCUCCUAUAUUGGACUAGGUGGCAAUAUCCUGGUUGUCGUCACGCAGAUUUGGAUUGCUAUUUCGCCUAUUCAGACUCCUGGUGCUGCGCCGGACACAGCCGCGAGUAUAGCCAAGAACGUGAUGCUAAAUAUUAUGGCUGUGCCCAUCAUUCUUGUCUUCUAUAUUGGCCACAAGUUGUGGUUUAGGACCAAGAUUGUGAGCAUCCGGGACAUGGAUCUUGAUACGGGACGAAGCUUCUCAAGGUUGUAUAAUAUGCAUACGGAUUACCAAGAAAAACGCCAAAAGUGGCCGUUGUGGAAGAGGGUGUACAAAUCUUUGUGUUGA